GGUCAGAGGAGGGUGGUGCGAAAGGUGCUUUAUCUCUCCCUCAAAGAGUUUAAGAGUGCACAGAAACGGCAGCUGGAUGGGGAUGGAACCACAAACCCCAAUGGUUCUCUAUCCAAUAGGCAGCUGAACGGCUCUGGGUCAAAGGGCAGCCAUAAAGAAGAUGGUUCCUUGCGCUCUCAGAGCCUGCAUGGGAGCAGUGAGUACUGUGAGGACAGUCCUGCAAAGAAGAGACCGCGGCUCCAGGCCCAGCGGAAGUUUGCCCAGUCGCAGCCCAAUUCGCCCAGCACUACACCCAUCAAAGUGGCUGACACGGGUGGCCUGAGCACCAGCGUGGCUGCUGUGCCAUCCUCCGCCCUCUCAUCGCUUCCCUCCUCCUCCCUGUCCUCUUCCAUCCAGGACCUGUCCAGACGCAAGCCCAAGACGGAGGACUUCCUCACAUUCCUGUGUCUAAGAGGAGCUGAUGGAUUCGGGGUCCCCUUUCCAGAGAUGAGGGCUGUAAAUCUCUGGUAUUGGCCCCAGACGUAUGGCUGCCGUUCCCGUAGUCACGAUGCCAGUGGUUCGACAGCCCUGCCCAAUAACAUGGCCUACUUUGGAAGCUCACAGGAAGAGGAGGAUCUGGAAGAGGAGGAGGAGGAUGAGGAGGAGGAGGUGAAGAAUGGAGGUGGUGUUCACGCCCACGGUGUAGGAAGCAACAGCCAGGCCGCGGCCUCCUCGUCCUCCUGCCAUUCGACUCCUCGUAAGGGCAAACCUCCCACCAGACAGCCCCUUAAUGGCCACGUGUUCAACAGCCACAGUAAAGCAGGCACCAGAGAGAGUCCGAGGGCCAAGGCUCAUUGCAGGGAGACACCUGCCCCGCCACUGCCACCUCCUCCGCCUCCACCUCCGCCCCUCCUGAGGGAGCGCAGUGAGCGGGCGGAGGCACGGGAACUGGCUCGGGCCAUGGCCAGUGGUCGUGCUUCAGCUGCUAAUGGGCUACCACCAAGGAGAGCUGCUGAGGAGCUUCGUAAGCAGGUCUCUAAAGUGAAUGGACUGACACGGGCGGGCUCUGCCCAAGCUAUGGGUGGUGCCAAAAAAAGCCGCGACUUCCGACUGCCGUCCAAAACUGUGAAGAAGUACACAGCCACCGUGUCCAAGGGCCACGUCACCUACACCAAAGCCAAACAGAGAGAACUGGGCAGGAAAACCAAACUCAGCAGCAGCAACAAAAACAGCAGCGCCCCCUCGGCAACAUCGUCAGCGAACAAUCACAAUCAGCACAGCCAGCCAGCAGCCAGCACCAGGUUGGCCAACUCAGGAAAAGCAGCGGCUCAAGCCCACCACAGCAAUGCAAAAACCCGCAAACAGGUGCUACUAUCUAACGGGCUGCACAAUGUGGCUGCCAGCGCUCGCCUUAACGGCAGGCUAAACGGGCAGCGGCACAAUGUCUUGGCCAAGGAGGACGGACAGAAACGGUGCCAGCAAAGCCAAGGAGAGUGCCCAGGCCGAGAGGGACUGCGUAACUCUAAGAGACGUCUAGAGGUGGUGCUCAAAUCAGUGGGGAUUGGCGGAGUUGAUCCAAAGGCCAAAACCCCUGGCACUGACGUCAAGAAGGCCAAGCUUCAAUCCCCGCCUCUGGAGACGCGCAGCAGCAGCAAGAAGGUAGCCAAUCAAGAUAAAGCUGCCGUGAAAACUGCCACCCCCACCACUCCAGUUUCUAAUGGACAUGUAUCAGAAACACUCCCUCCACCGCCGCCUGCUACACCAGUUCCUCCUCCUCCAGCGCCUCAGCCUCCUCAGCAGACCCCACCCCCUUGUAUACCAGCAGCCAAUGUGGAGCCGGUGAACCAGCGACCCAAGCGGGCUUCAGCCGGCAAGCUGAUGUUGAUUAGACAAGCACAGCAGCAGCAGAGCAGGUCUCACAGUCGAAGCUCCUCCUCCUCCUCCCCUUCAUCAGGCCAGAAUCACCCACAGAACCCCAGUCACGCCAGCACUACCUCAGACUCCCACCAAAACUCUGUCUCCUCCUCCACAACCUUCUCACCUCUUUCUUCCACCAACAAUGCUGGACAGCUCAAACCAGCAGCACUGCGGCUCGCUGACAGAGACAAGGAGUGGGAGCGUGAGAAGGAGAUGACGCGCCAGAAGGAACGCGAGCAGGAAAGGGAGUGGGAGCGCCAGCGGAGCAGGCCAGAGGGCUGGGCCGCACUGGGUGAAGUACCUGUCUUCAGGCCAGUGCCGAGAGAGUUCCAGGAUCCCUUAGUGUAUUUGGAUGCGGUUCGAGAACAGGCUGAGGUGGCUGGCAUGUGCCGCAUAGUGCCACCUCCUGAUUGGCGGCCAGAGUGCAAGCUGAGUGAGGAAAUGCGUUUUGUGACACAGGUGCAGAGGGUCCACAUGCUUGGCCGGCGCUGGGGCCCCAAUGUUCAGCGGUUGGCGUGCAUCCGCAAGCACCUCAAAUCUCAGGGUAUUACCAUGGACGAGCCACCUGUCAUUGGUGGUUGUGAAGUGGACCUGGCACGUUUUUUUCAGCUCAUAAAUGACAUGGGUGGCAUGCAGCAGGUGAUGGACCUGAAAAAGUGGACCAAGCUUGCCGACCUCUUGCGUAUCCCUAAGUCAGCGCAGGACCGUCUAGCUAAGCUGCAGGAGGCCUACCUCCAGUAUCUGCUCGCCUAUGACUCCAUCGGUGCUGAGGAGCGCCUCAGACUACAGGCCGAGGUACUGCAGGAAAAAAAGAGCUUGGAGGUGCGCCGGGGCCCUCUAGAAGGUCUCUCAGACUCCUCAGCAUCGAGUGCGCUGGUGCUUCCACGCUACGAGCCCAAGAAUGGGCUGGUAGGUGGGAUGGUGGGCGGGGCCACAGGGCAUCACCGCACCAAUGGAGUGUAUCACCAUCUGAAGGAGCUGGAGGCUCAGGUCAAAGCAGGCCGGCGCCGGCUGUUUGCUCAGGAAAAACAAGGCAAAGAAGACAGGCAGCAUGGAGAGGAGCAGGAGGAGGAGGACGACAGGGGUGUUCUCAGUGACCAGCACAAAUGUAUUUACAAGGGAAAAUCUGUGUCGUUGACUAACUUCUUCAGGAUAGCUCGGAACACCAUGACCAUGUGCUUUAACAAGGAACCGGGAGCUGCUGAGGUUGAGCAAGAGUACUGGAGGAUUGUGGAGCAGAGAGACAGCCAUGUGGCAGUGCAUUGUGGGAAGGUAGACACCAGUACGCAUGGUAGUGGUUUCCCCACAGGAAAGUCAGAGCCAUUUUCAAAACAUGGAUGGAACCUCACUGUCCUUCCCAAUAACUCUGGAUCCAUUCUGAGGCAUCUGGGUGCUGUUCCCGGUGUGACCAUUCCCUGGCUCAACAUUGGCAUGGUCUUUUCUACCUCAUGCUGGUCUCAAGACCAAAACCGCCUUCCAUAUAUUGAUUACUUACACACUGGUGCUGAUUGCAUUUGGUAUUCUGUCCCUGCUGAGGAGAAAGCUAAGCUGGACACGGUGGUCCAUACACUGCUUCAGGCCAAUGGAACCCCAGGACUAGAAAUGCUGGAGAAGAACAUCAUGAUCUCUCCAGAGGUGCUGUGCCGUGAGGGCAUCAAAGUUUACCGCACAGUCCAGCGGAGCGGCCAGUUUGUCGUCUGCUUUCCCGGUGCCUUUGUCUCCAAAGUGUGCUGUGGUUACAGCGUGUCAGAGACUGUGCACUUCGCCACGCCACACUGGAUGAACCUGGGCUACCAGGCUGCAAAGGACCUGAAAUGCCGUCGUAUAGCCAAACCUUUCUCCAUGGAGAAACUACUGUAUCAGAUUGCUACAGCCGAGUCAAAGAGGGACAACGGCCUUCUUCUCACUACCAUCUCUGCCCUACUCAAAGAUCUCAGGAACAUAGAGAUGCGACAACGGCAGGAACUUUAUAAGGCAGGGCUGGUGUCCUCGGCCCGUUACGGUACACAUGACGGCAGCUUAGGGCCAGGCGAGGGACGCAAAAAGCCCCGCGGCAAGUGGCUGGCACUGGAGUCGUCUGAAAGACGCUGCCAGAUCUGCCAGCAUCUCUGCUAUCUGUCCAUGGUGGUUCAGGAAACUGAUAACGUGGUCUUCUGUUUGGAGUGUGCGCUACGUUACGUGGAGAAGCACAAAUCCUGCAGAGGGCUGAAGAUGAUGUACCGUUACGAUGAGGAGCAGAUAAACAGUUUGGUGAGCCAGGUGUGUGGCCGGGCCAUGUUGAAGAGCAGCAGUGGAGCAGGAGGAGGAGUAGUCGACUCCUGUCACAGCCUCAGUCCUACCAAAGCCUCGCCGGCCAAGCGAGGCCCCCGUAAGCACACUGCUGUGGAGGUGUCCCUGGCCCGCCUGUCCUCCAGCCACAUGCCCAAGGCCGCAGCUGUGUCCUGAAGGGGGCGCAAUGACAUCACCCCCCUGUUCGCCCCCUCGUUUAUUUUUUUGUUUUUAAGAUUGAGCAGAAUCACUAUCGCCCCCCUCCCCCACAGUGCAUCAUAUUUAAGAUGUUGUUUUUUUUAAGAUUUGAAGAUGCCUCUCUGCUUAAGUCACCCCCCCAACACACACACACACACACACACACACACACACACACACACACACAAAAAUCUACACUUCCCUUUUAGUACGACAGUCUUGUUUACAAGAAAUAAAGCAAGUUGUUGUUUUGCACUAGAUUUAGUUCCUCUGCCUCUUAAAAUGUGACAGGCAUUAAAAGUUCACGAGAAGACUUGACGUUUUCCUUAUCCGCUGUCCCCCCCACCCCCCGGGACCGAAUCCCACUGCUUCUCAUCAGGCAUCACUCGACUGAACAUGGAACAAAUGAAGAGGCAGUACUUUAUUAAAACCCCUCCCAUUUUUGUUGGCGGGGAGUCGAGGAGUAGUUACCCAAAGUUUUUCUCGGCCAUUCCCCUCAGAAGUAAUAUUAUUUUGUUUUGUUCUCUCGUGACCCACCUCCUGCUUUCUUUUUUUUUUUUUUUUUUUUUUUAAGGGAAAAAAGGGGGGAGGGGCAAACGAGGUAAAAACUUGAAAGAUAAACUGUGUUGCUUUAUUGCUGAUUGGUUCUUUUUUAUUUCUAUUUUAAAUUUUAGCUUUGUUUUUGUUACAUUUUUCUCUGUGUGUUUUAAUUUUGUCAUUGUGGAUGUUUCUCUGUUCAUUGGCGGAUGUGCGUAAGGGGGUGGCGGGGGGUGGCAGAGUUCAGCUGCUUGACCUUUGAAAGGUCACCGCUCACCUCACUUCCUGGUAGUAUGGAGGAAUCCCUCCUUCGAUAACAAAUGAUAACUGUGCCUGAUUCUCGGCGGGGAGAUCUAUUUUAUUGGUGCUGUCGGUUCUAAUUACUGUAUACAAACACAAAAAUUAAAAUCUGGGGGUUAGCGCCCGCUAGCCGACGCGCCCCCUGCAGGGCAGAAAGGCUUUUUUGAGGCUUUUCUCGUUCUAGAUGUGCAAUCGUGUUAACAUUCCAUUCUUCCAGUCCUCUUGUUUCAUCUGUACCAGUAAACAUUAAUUAUUAUAUUAUAUUAUUAUUAUUAUUUUGUGCGUGUGCCUGUAUUUUUUUUUUUUUUUUACUUUUGUUCAUCUGAUGUUAUCUCAAGUAGAGCCACUAGUCGAAGAGUGUAAAAUGUGAACUAUCCAAGUUUCUCAUGUUUCUUUUCCAUGUUUCUUUUUUCUUCUUCUUUUGGCUUUGGCAUAUUUUUCCCUUUUCCAGAUAUGAGUUGUUUGUUUUUUGUUUUGUUUUUUGAGAGGAAAAAAGUCCAACAAACAAAAUAACUUUUUUGUACAUAAUCCUGUAAAUUUCUUUAAAUACUUGAGCCUUUUCCUGGGGUUAAGGAAGAAAUGAAAGAAGGAAUAGAGAAAGAGAAAGUUCCAGAGGAGAGUGUUGGAUGAAGAAAAAGCCUUACAUUUCCCUUUCUUCAUCUGCGUGAGUUGGAUGCUUACAGGGUUGCUCUGGUAAACGUGUAUAAAAAUUUUUAAGUGCUGCUUAUAUCACUAAGAUAGAAGAUAUUGAGUAGCCAGCGACUGCCCCAACCUAGUUUUGUUUGUUUAGCUUUACUUUUUUAAAGAAAAGGGAAAAAAGAUAUGUUCACAAAAAUAGGUUUUUACAUUUUCAUUACUGAAAAUUCAACAAUGUAGUAGCUACUCAUGUUGCACUGAGCUUGCCAGUGGUGACUGUCAAGGAAAAAUCCUAUAAUCCAGUUUGUUGGUUGUCGUCCCUCGCAGAAGACUGAACUGUUUUAGAACUAUUUAAUAAAAUACCAAGUCGGGUGUUUUUAAUAUUAUGAAAAAAAGUGGUUGUCAAGUUUUUAUGGCCUUACAAUAUAUUUUAUUCUGACAGGAUUUUCUUGUUUUUCCAGGUUUUGUUUUGUUUGUUUUCCUUCCAUUUUCUAUUUGCUCACAGCGGGGUCUCUGGUGACUUAAUUUAUUAGUGCCAUGUAUCGGCCUUUCCCUCCACUUGGAAAGAGAGUCUCAUGUUUGUUAUUGACAUUUUUUUUUUUGUUUUUUGUUUUGUUUUUUUAACUUUUGCAGUUUGUACUUAAAGUUUAAUAAAAACUUACCGACAAUUCACUGUCAUUCCUUCCCAAA